UGAGAUCAUCAGUCAGAGGCCAGAGGAGUGAGGUCGAUCGACACUGACUGACACGGACAGUGGACAGACAGACACACAUGAAAUUGAUCUAUUCCUUGUCAAGUAUUGGGCCGGUAUCGCCUGGUCGUGAGGACAGAGUCUAGUGUAUAAUUGGCAAUUUCGAGGUCUAAUGUAGAUCUGGGACCAGAUAUCUUGCCCGUGUGUGUCUACCGAGGCUCUAACAACUUAAAAAGUAAAAGAUGUUGCAGUUGCUUACGUAGCUGGGCCAAGGCUGACUCAACUGGUCUCAAGGAGCUGUUUCUCAUUUUUCCGCCUUGCUUUAUUACGUUAAAAUUGUGUUUGGCUAACUUCUGAAAUAGGCUUCCCUUAGCCUUAAAGUAAAAUACCGUUGAUCCAAUAUGGAUGACUCGUCACCUUCGGAGAUAGUUCACCUCAAUGUUGGUGGGACACGGUUUUCCACUUCAAGACAAACACUAACAUGGAACCAGGACACAUUUUUUACCAGCUUACUGAGUGGACGGAUAUCAUCGCACACAGACGAAACUGGUGCUAUUUUUGUCGAUCGGGAUCCCAAGUUGUUUUCUGUCAUUCUGAAUUUCUUGCGAACAAAAGAAAUCCAAUUAAGGAAUGUUGAACUGUCAGCCUUACGUCACGAAGCUGAAUUCUAUGGCAUCACUCCUCUAGUGCGACGACUUACUCUCUGUGAGGAUUUGAAUCAUUCUUCAUGUGGUGAUGUCUUAUUCCAUGGAUACUUCCAGCCGCCUACCCCACCAUUACCAAGCUCCUCUAAUGUCCGCCAGUCCAUCGUCAGUGUGGAAGGGGGAGAACUCCGCAGACCUGGGUCCACAGGUCUUCAGGAAUCGUCAGCCUCCUCUCAUAGUCACUCAAGGAGUUCAUCCUUGGACAGCAGAAGCCAGCAUCAGCGACAGUCGUCCACUGACUCGAGGUCACUAGCUCAUGAGGCACGCCGAUCUACAGCUGACCAACGUCCAGACUCACAGCAUCUGGAUGUCAACUGGGGGAGAUCCGAACCUGUAAAUCCUCACUGCUCCUUUGUGGACCCGCUGCGUGUGACUAUGUUACGUGCACAUCAGAACUGGAUCUGUGCUGCCUAUCCUCAUUUUAUAUGUUGCUACAGAAUGAAGGACAGCACCGGAUGGCAUAUGAUAUGGAAGAGCCAGCACAUGCAAACCCAGGUAGAACGUGUGGCUCUAAAUGCCAAGGUGAUCAGUUCGAACCAAGACAACUCCAACAACAAGAUGGUGGCCGCAUCAUGUGGCUCCACUGUCUGGCUGUGGGCUGUUAGUGAUGAAGGUGACAGCAGGCAGAUAGGUGUGUUUGACCUACAUGUUUCUGUAGAUCACCUGUUUUUUAUUGGAAGUCAGUUGGUGGCUUUGAGUCGAACUGGCAAAGUGGGUGUGUGGCAUUCCAUGACUCAACAUUGGCAAAUCCAAGAUGUUGUUCCAAUCACCAGCUACGAUACAGCUGGAUCUUUUCUCCUUCUUGGGUGCAAGGAUGGCUCUAUAUAUUAUAUAGACAUGCAGAAGUUUCCUUUACGCAUGAAAGACAAUGAUCUACUUGUCACAGAAUUGUACAGUGAUCCAACAUGUGAUAUGGUGACUGCGCUCAGUGUUUACUUGACGCCAAAGACAAGUCUGAGUGGCAACUGGAUAGAGAUUGCAUAUGGCACCAGCUCCGGUACCGUGCGAGUCAUUGUGCAGCAUCCAGAGACUGUUGGCCACGGGCCGCAGCUGUUCCAGACCUUCACAGUGCAUCGCAGCCCUGUCACCAAGGUCAUGCUGUCAGAAAAGCACCUUGUCUCAGUUUGCUCUGAGUUCAAUCAUGUGAGGACAUGGAACGUCACCCGCUUCCGAGGUAUGAUCUCCACACAACCUGGCUCCACACCUUUAGCCUCGUUCAAGAUUCUCUCGUUGGAUGACCUGGAUCCUCUUGUCAGCUACACUGCUGGGAAUGACUUUGGUCCGUUUGGAGAACAAGAUGAUCAGCAGUUAUUUGUGCAGAAAGUUGUCUCUGAUGCUGACCAACUCUUUGUCCGACAGUCUUCUAGUGGUCAACGUAUCUGUGUGAUCCGCUCUGUGGAUGGGAGUACUAUCAGCUCAUUCUGUGUACACGAGUGUGAGGGUUCUAGUCGCAUGGGCUCCUGUCCCCGACGCUACCUCUUCACUGGACACGCCAAUGGAAGCGUACAGAUGUGGGACCUUACAACAGCACUCGACCACUUCAAACAGGAGGAUAAAGCCAAAGAUCAGCGUGAAGGUGGCCCAACAGCCAGUGAGCUGGUGCGACUGCUGGAACAAGUGGACCUGAGUUCUUCGCGCUGCUCCACACCUUGUGUCAGCCCUUCCUCCUCCAUCCUUGUGGGUCCAGGCUCUCUACCACUGUCCUCUCAGCCAAUCAGCGGCAGCACGUUAGGAGCAGUAGGAGGAGCGUGUGCAUCUGGCUCUGCGUGUGAUAGUGAACAAGGGAUUAAUGUGAAAGUGGAAGGGGAGGAUAACGGGGAAGAAGCAGAAGGGACGGAGGCAAAGGGAAAUGGAAAACCUCAGAAAGGAAGCUGCUGGGUGUGACUGAUGCCUAUGUUGCCCUUGUGUGACGAAGUGGUCCAAGUCUUCUCUUUUCGAGGGCAAUGAUGCUGUUUAAGGCUACCACUUUUCUGGAAUUCCUGAAAUGCUCCAUACUUUCCAUUUCUUGUAUGAUUUUGUGACUCUCUUUUAAUGUUAUGGAAAUGCUUGUCAUUGCUUACCGUCCAGUAAGUUUCUGCAGACCUACAGCAUUUUGUAGUUGCUUUCCUCUAUCAUUCCCUUCAUCCCCCCCCCCCCUCCUCGUUUGUUAUUGCGGCUAAAAUUUUGGGCGUACAGGAA